AAAAUGGUGUAUUUAUUUCAUGUCUAAAUUAUUUACUUAACCAUUAAAUCGGAGAUUUUGAAUAAUUUGUAUAAAUUUAGGCAUUUUCCUUCCAUUCGAGUUGCUGAUAUAGUCGAGCCACUGUUGCAGUUGCACCAAAUAAACAUGGCGACUUCUCCCCCGUUAGCUAACGUGAAAAAUCUUUCAAAGGAAAUCUCUGCAAUGGAAGCAGACGAGUCUUCAGUCUCAAAGGACGAAGGGGCAGACAAAGACAACAUUACUUCUGGAACUGAACUGGAAACUGAGGACCAGUUUAAGAAACCGACUCUUUUCGCUGCACCUUCUCUGAGCAGCAAGCGCGUGAAUGUCGUCUCAUCUAAAAUAACGACGUGCGAAGUAAGCGUGAAGGAAAAUGACACAGCUGAUGCUACGAUUGACGGCGAUAACCCUCCUGAAUCUGCCCCGGAGAGUGAAACUGCCGGCAAACACACAGAAGAUGAAAAGCGGAGCGAAAAAGACAAAUGUGUGUCUACUCUGAAGGACAAACCAAACGUCAAACCAAAGGUGCUUCCUGUCAAAGGACCCCCAGCUGGGAAGUUUCCCCCUCUACCUUACGUGGAGCCGCCGUGGGGCGGCACAGCUCCGAGUGUACACUAUGCUCUUGAAAUCCUUAAAAACGGAACUAUAGUUGACACAGUACCACUAACGUGUAGAAGUUUCUGCGUAGUCGGACGUUUACCAGUGUGUGACGUGUCUCUGGAGCACCCAUCCAUCUCUAGGUACCACGCUGUGAUCCAGUACCGCGGGCAGGCUGGGGAGAGCGACUGUGUCGGGGAGGAGAGAGGCUUUUACAUCCACGACCUGGGCAGCACACACGGUACUGUGGUGAACAAGAACAGGAUCCCACCCAAGACCUACGUCAGAGUCCGGGUCGGCCAUGUGUUAAAGUUUGGAGGAAGCACAAGACUGUUUAUCCUGCAGGGUCCAGAGUCUGAUGAGGAAGAGGAGUCAGCGCUAACUGUGACGGAGCUAAGAGAACAGGCACGCAAACAAAGAGCAGAGUUGGAGAAAAGGAUGAUGGGAGAUGGUUCUGAUGAUGAUGAUGACGACGAGGAGAAGAAGGAUAACGAAAACAGGAGCCAGAGCAAACUGUCCGAAGAUUCGGGGUGUUCAUGGGGAAUGGCUGAUGAGGUUUUUCCAGAGGAGGAUGAGAAUGAAGAAAAUCCAUUCUCUACAGAGUUCCAGGAGGACCAAGAGGCGGCAUACUUGAAAGACCCCAAAAAGGCUUUGCAGGGCUUCUACGACAGAGAAGGGGAGGAGCUGGAGUUUGAGUUUGAAGACAAGGGCCAUGGCAUCUGGCUGUGCAGGAUAAAAUUACCUGUAGAUGAUGCCUUGGGUCGACAGCUGGUUGCUGAGGUGACCCACACAGGGAAGAAGAAAGAAGCGACAAUCCAGUGCUGCCUGGAGGGGUGUCGGAUGCUGGAGGCCAGAGGCCUUCUGCGCCAGGAAGCAGUGUCCCGUAAACGCAAAAAGAAGAAUUGGGAAGAUGAGGACUACUAUGACAGCGACGACGACACCUUUCUAGAUCGUACUGGUACAGUGGAGAGGAAGAGACAGGAGCGAAUGAAAAAGGCAGGGAAGAUCGAGGAGCGGCCUGAGACCUUCGAGUCCUUGGUGGGCAAACUGUCCGAGGUGGAGAGAGAGCUCGAUCGCGCUCAGAAACAACUGAGUACCAGUAGAGGAGAUUCUUCUGGCCUGUCCACCGAGGACUCGCUGGAGGCCUUCAUGACGGCAGUUAAGAGCAAAGCACCAAUGGAUGCAGUGGAGCGCAGGAAGCUUCACGUUCACGUGGCAGACCUGCGCAAAGAAGUUCAGCGACUGCAAAAGCUGGUGGAACUCACAAGACCUGCACAGAUGCCGUCUCUGCUGCCAAGUGGCAGUUCACAGUCAGAGAAGCCCAAGAAAAAUUUACCGCUGUUCGGAGCCAUGAAGGGAGGACGCAAAUUCAAACUGAAGACUGGCACCAUCGGGACAUUGCCCCCAAAGCGGCCCAACCUGCCCGCAGAGCUUUUCAACACAAAGGAUCUUCCACCUGAAGGAGAAGUUGAGGAAGAGGAGGAAGAAGAGUCGGCACAGACAAAGAAGGAGCAAAAGUGUUCCCCGGUUAAAGCCGACGAUGAAGCGUCUCCUGAAAUGGUGUGUGAAGAGGAAACGUCAUCAGUGCAGAAAAGAGAAACACAUUCCAACGAGAUGAAAGAAUCCAGUGCAGAGGUCGUCACAGAGCCAGCAGCUGAGCCCGGUCCCAGAAGGAAAAAGAAAGUGUAUCGACCGAGCAAGGCAGCAGUGCAGCUGUCUGCACAGUACCCAGAUGAUGACCCAGAUUAUUCUGUGUGGGUGCCUCCUUCAGGUCAGACUGGAGACGGACGCACGCAUCUGAACGACAAGUACGGCUACUGAGAGAAAACGGAGAGAGACAUGUUUUAUGUCCACACUAUCAUCACAGAAUGGAGGAUAAGCUAAAAAUAGACAAGGUCUGCUGCAUCGGAG